AUGGAUGAUCACGGAUUUAUUUACGUCUCUGAUUCGAGAAAACAUCAAUUGAAACGAUAUCGAAUUGGUGAAAUUCAUGAAAUAGUGGUGGCAGGUGGAAAUGGAGCUGGUGAUCGUCUCGAUCAACUUAAUUUUCCUACAGGCAUCGUCGUAGCAAGUGGUCAAAUAAUUGGAGAUGACUGGACAGAUGAUUUAUCACCGGAGGGUAUUGUCGUCGAUCGUUCGGGAACGAUCUAUGUAGCAGACAGCAGCAAUAAUCGAAUAAUGCGUUGGCCAAAAGGAAGUACACAAGGUAGUAUUAUUAUCGACGAGAACAGUCAACGAGGAAAUGCAAGAUGGUGGUUUUAUCCUGAAGAUUUGACAUUCGACCGACAUGGUUCUCUCUAUGCUGUUACUUAUUUUCAUGCAAGAGCACGAAAAUUCGAAAUCGAUUCGAUUACUAAUUGA